CGAUAUCAUCGUGAAGUGAGCGUUAUAUGCAACGUUUAGUUCAGUGUCGUUAUCUGGUUUUUCUCGUUGCUCUAAUCUCAAGUUAACUUUUACUGAAAUUAUGUUGACACUUUCAACAAUUAUGAAAUCCAUUAGCAGCAACCAUUGCGUGUGUUACUGGCUUAACAACUUAAUUAUAAUUUGAUUAUAUUGAUUGAUUGUUUAAACCGCAAAACGAGAAAGUGUUGAAGAAAUUUUACAUGCAAUUGUCAUUAACUGCAUUGACAGCAUUUAUCAUUAUCAGGAUGUGGAUUAUCUAUCAUUGGAUUAUUAUGGUAGGCUUAAUAAGCCUAAUUUUACCAAUUAUUGCUGUUGAAAGGGCUAUACUGGAUUCACGGUGCUAUCUGGAGGGCGGUGGUUCAGCCGAAAGUUUUUUAGCUAGCGAAGAUCUAGAGAUCGGCGCAAUUAUUGGUAAGCUGCGCAUAAACGGCGAUCCAGAUAUCGAUAAUGGUGAUAUUAAUCUAACGUUAAGAGAAAAAGACGCAUCUUUAGAGAUAGUCGCAGGAACCAAAGAAUUAGCUUUAACCGUUGAAUUGGAUAAGGAAGGCGUAAAAGGGCCUUCAUCAAUAUAUGUUAACGUUAUAUGCCUACGAAGACAUUCAACAGAUCCGAGUUUUGUUAUACCUGUCAAUGUGCGUGUAAUCGAUGUCAAUGAUAAUGCCCCCGAAUGGAUAGCUGCACCGUAUACAUUAACUCUAUCCGAAGUAACUGUACCUGGUACGCGUAUAUUGCAAGGAGCAAAGGCCGAAGAUGCUGAUCAACCCGGAUCAUUCUCAACUGUUGAAUAUCAAAUUUUGCCGGGGCAUUAUUCAGAAUAUGUGCAAUUUCUAAAUCCCCUAGAAGGGACUUUAGUAUUAAAGAAAUCCUUAGAUUACGAAGUAAUGCAAAAUUUUACUGUAAAACUACGGGCUCAAGAUCAAGGAAUACCUCCAAAAUACUCAGAUACUACGCUCCGAGUUGUAAUUACAGACGCCGAUGAUCAAAAUCCUAAAUUUUUAAGAGAAUCGUACAGUGCUGAACUGCCAGGCGAUGGCAGACCCGGUGAGCUACGGACGCGUCCAGAGCCAAUUAGGGCCAUCGAUCAAGAUGAGGGCAUUUGUGCACCUCUACAAUAUUCUAUUGUACAAUCACAAGAUACCAAAUACUUUCGUAUACAUCCGCACAGUGGAGUGAUAACACUGCUUACACCUAUCGGUUAUUCGGAUUUAACAAACGGGGCGACAUUGGUAGUUAAAGCUACGCAAGUCGAUAAUCCCGAUCGUUACGCCUUGACAACGGUAACAUUAACUCGUCUCGGUGGAAUACACAACGACAUUAGUGCCUUGGCUUUUGUGCAAAAAAAGUUUUAUAUGCGUAUACGUGAGGACACAGCGGUGGGCAAUCGAAUCUUAGCCUUGCCAACUAAUAAGCCAGGAAAGCAUUUAAAAUAUAGCAUACCGGACCCAGUGAAUUCUCAAUUUUUUAAUGUGGGCAUGUUGGGCGAAGUCAUUCUUACGAAGCCUUUGGAUUAUGAAAAAAUGACCCGUCACGAUUUUCAAAUAUUAGCCACAGACGAUAUAACGAAUGCAACGGCCGAUGUAACAUUGGAAAUAACCGAUGUCAACGAUUGGGAGCCAAGAUUUCGAGAGACUCACUAUGAAUUUGCUAUACCGAAAAGUCAAACUUUACAAUCGCGCUCGGUACCUUUGGAAGGAUUAAUGAUUGGAAAGGUAGAGGCAGCCGAUGGUGAUCGUAAUGACAAAUUGGAAUUGUCCUUGCGGGGCCAACAUGCUGGUCUUUUUGAGAUUGAUAAUAUCGGCAAUAUAUAUAUGCGUCCAGAACAAUUGCAUCAGUUGAAUGAAUCGGUUAUUCACCUUAUAGCUAUCGCCAGAGAUAGUGGAGUACCGCCACGUAGCACUUCUGUGCCCGUGACCGUUACAAUGGAAGGUGUAACUUUGGCCCAAUCAUCGUGGAGUAACAGUCUCUUAGCUAUGUUCGUUGCCUUGGUGGCUAUCUUCAUAAUCAUCAUACUGGCUUUAAUUUGUUGCAUAGUUCACUAUAAAAGCAAGACACGUAAAACAACACCCGCUUUGGCUCGUAGCAAUCGCGGUCAUAGCGGUGUUUCAUCAGCUAAUUUAAUGACACAUGAGAAAAUGACAAGCGGCAAUGGUAAUGGUGCUACGACUUCCAGCGGCAACGUUUCGGUUUUACAUAUGAAACGUAAUGGCGGCAACGUGACUAUGGCAAAUGGUAGCUAUCAAAGUAACGCGAUGGGUGCUGGAAUAUCAGGUAUGGGUGCUUCGGCAAUAUUGGCAGCCAGCUUAGAGAGAGAACGUGAAAGGGAAAGACAAAGGGAAAAUUACGCAGCCACUGUAAGAAGUAUAGUUUCUCGGGCCUCGGCUAACGGACAACUCUACGAGGAAGACGAAAUCGAAGAUGAUUCGUUGACAACGCAACAUCAACAUCAUCAAAUUUCUAGCGCAAACGCGAUACGAAGGAAGGCUGCCUGGGAAGCACCUCCAACCUCAUCGACUCAAGCAAACAGUGUCGCGGCCAUUACUUGCGCGGGUAAUGGCAGUUUAACGAAUAUGGGUGUUAAUGCAGAUACUUCCAAUUUGACUGACACAAUGGGAUCUUCCGAAAAUAAUUUAACCGUUUACUUUUAAAUAUUAUUAUUUGUGUUUUUUUUUUUGUUUUUGUACAUAAUUUUUUUUGUUA